ACUAUAAAGUGUGCCAAGUUUGAUUAAAUUUGGAUUUCAAUUUUUAACCUCUUUCGAAUUACUUUAUUUCGCAUAUGAGUGUUAUAUGUAGUAUUGAUUAUCUAGAUUUGUUAUUUCAUUUCUUAACAUCUUUAUUUGUCAAGAAAAGAAAACAUGUUGUUUAUUUUAAAUGAAUGUCUAUUAUAUAAAAUAUUUUUGUUUACCUGUCAGACCAGUUUAAAUCAUCAAAAGUUCAAAAUGUUGAUGUCAUUAGUUUUACAAAUGGAUGUUUUUUUCGAUAUACGCUUUAUAUUAUAAAAAUAUACUCUAUAGGAAAACUCAAUAUGAAAUCAAACAAAAAGUUAAGAGACUAUCCUUAGAAUAUGCUCACCUUGAAUCCUAACUUUUUUAUUCAUUGUAAACUCAUGUAAACUUGUAUCCUAGCAUUGCUGUAAAAUGUCUUUUCUCAGGCUUUAUUUGAAAUAGCUUCCCCUUUAAAAUCUAGUUGUCUGUCAGUUAAAUUAGGUUGCUCAAACAGCUUGAAAGAAAAAAAAAACUCUUCUUUUGUGUACAUUUUGACGCCAUGAAAUUGUUUCAUACGAAAAUAUUUUGAUCGGAUCAACUUCACAUCAUGGCGAGCGCAUUACCCAAUUACCUUUACGCUAAAUUAAGGCAAAAUUGGCGCAGUAAUAUUCUAAGAGGACUUAUGGAAUCUGCCACAUCUCCUGUUGAAUUUUCCCUUAUCCUGAUGAAGGAAAAUCAGAAAAACUAUAGAAAUAUUGUAACAGUUGGAUCCGUACCAGAAAGACCAUGUUGCGCUGAUAAAAGAGAUAUCACCGCCAUUCAGAUUGAAGACGUCUCAAAGAUACGAUCAAACGAACUUAAUCUCGUGAAUUGCACAGAAUUGCAUCCAAAUCCACCACCAUUGAUAUUAUCUACCAAUGAUGUAUACGCUAUACCACAAAAUAGUGAAAAAAUAUCACGUUUCCAUAUGAGAAUUCAAGGCGAGAAAGUAUUAGUUACAAUGACAAUGAAUAACAUGAAAUAUAAGGGAACUUUAUACCAAGCUAAUAUAUAUUGAUAUCAAAAGUGCAUAUCGUGUUAUAAUGUCA